GAUAGCUUUACAAAACGAAAGGCUAGAAUUGGAAAAACGUAUGCCACAAUUUGAUUUGUUUUAAUGCAGUUCAUAAUCGGACACGAAACGCCGCCGUAUCCUUUCACCGCCAUACCUUUUUGUAUGGUAUAAAAUGAGCCAAAACCCAUAAACCCUUCUCCAAGAAAUAUUACACACAAAAAGCAAUUCACAACAACUUUCCAAUUUUCUUUCAACUGCCAUUAAUUUUGGUGUUUCAAGUUCUGGUUUCAGUGAUCGUCAAAGAAGAUGAUGAGUCGUGGAGCAACGACUGUUGUCCGAUCGGUGAUGGGUCAAAUGGGUCCACGUUUGUUUUCAACCGCAGCCGGAAACGCUUCCAUUACCGGUGUGAUGAGAGCAAACGCCGGCCUCAUCGGAUCUGAAAAGGCGGUGGUGACAUGGUGGAUCACGUCGUCUCCGAUUGGCGCUCGCCAUGCGAGUACGAUGACAUUGGGGGAGAAAGUACAGCAGCCGGAUCAGAAGGAAGAGGCAACUGGUAGCGGCGGCGCAGCCGCCGGUGGUCAUAAAGGUAAAGAGGUUGUCAGUUACUGGGGUGUACAACCACCUAAAGUUACGAAAGAGGAUGGUUCAGAAUGGAAGUGGCAUUGCUUCAGGCCAUGGGAGACAUACCAAGCAGAUCUCUCGAUCGAUCUAAAGAAGCACCAUACUCCGACGACGUUCUUGGAUAAACUAGCUUACUGGACUGUCAAAUCUCUCCGAUUCCCUACCGAUGUUUUCUUUCAGAAACGAUAUGGAUGUCGAGCGAUGAUGCUUGAAACCGUCGCCGCCGUUCCCGGAAUGGUCGGAGGAAUGCUCCUUCACUGUAAAUCCCUCCGACGUUUCGAGCCCAGUGGUGGCUGGAUCAAAGCUCUAUUAGAAGAAGCAGAAAACGAAAGAAUGCAUCUAAUGACUUUCAUGGAGGUUUCCAAACCAAGGUGGUACGAACGUGCCCUGGUUUUCACUGUUCAAGGCGUCUUCUUCAACGCCUACUUUCUCGCAUAUCUUGCUUCUCCUAAACUAGCGCACAGAAUCGUGGGAUACCUUGAGGAAGAAGCAAUUCAUUCAUACACUGAGUUCUUGAAGGAGCUUGACAAAGGAACCAUUGAAAACGUCAAAGCUCCAGCAAUUGCUAUCGAUUAUUGGCGUCUUCCUGCUGAUUCAACUCUUCGUGAUGUUGUCAUGGUUGUGAGAGCAGAUGAAGCUCAUCAUCGUGAUGUUAAUCACUUUGCUUCGGACAUUCAUUAUCAAGGACUUGAGCUUAAAGAUUCUCCAGCUCCUAUAGGAUACCAUUGAAUAAGAUCCAAAAUCUGAUCUAAUAAUUUUCCUUUUGGUUUUAUAACAUAAACGUGAUUGUUCUAUAAUCUUGUACAUACUUUAUGGUGGUUUAUUGUUGGUUUAAUAUGAAAAUCUUGAUGUUAUAAAUGUUGGGGAAUCUGUUUUUAAUGGUAUUGAUGUGAUUUUGAUUGACAACUAAUCUUGUGUAAGAAAUGGAAUUGGUCGAUCAUAACGUUUGUAACAUAUGAAGUCGGGUGACACAAGGUCUUGAAAACAAAAUUUGGAUUUUGGCUUAAAUGAUUGGUUUUGAAACAGGGUUGAAGGGUAUUUGAGUAUUUUUAACAAGGAGGUGAUAAUAGGAGUUUUGAAAUUUGUGGAUUUUAGAAUGGAAUUUAGGAGUGUUCAAAACGCAAAAGAAUACAUCAAUGGUGCACCUACUAAAGAAGUCGUCAAAUACCAACGACAUGACCAUAGUGAGAUAAUGCAACUACUUACUAUUCACUUUAGAUUUGAGAAAACAAAGCUAAUUACCAAGGGGACAUUAUCAUAACAUUGCAUUGGUGGAAGUAAUUCAUGAGAUAAUUAGACUUUAUAAUUGAUUUAAGAGGAUGUUUGCUUGGGAGAAUAUUUUGAAAGAACCUAAAAUAUGUAAAUAAUUGGGAUUUGAACGAAUUGGAGUUUGAAUUGAAUUAUGUUGUGUUUGGUUGAAGUGGAAUGAAAUGGGAUUCUUAGCAUAGUUGGGAGGACGCCGAAGAAAAGGAGAAUUUUGAAAUGGUGGAGUAUUAUGUUUUUUUUUCUUCCUAAUGGUCAG